AUGCCACAUCAAUUAAAAGUUUUUACUCUUCGUUAUAUUCAAUGUGUUCGUGUUAAUCUAUCUGGUUCACAACUUGGUCUUGUUAUUAAAAAUAAAAACGAUCAAUUUCGUUUUGUUCUUUAUCCAAUGGAUUUAACACAUAUAUGUUGCAAUUCGAAUUAUUCCUUCACUAUUACGAUUAAAAGAACAUCAAAAUAUUAA